GAUCCACCUACAGCCGCUAACCCCAAAUUCCCUCUCUUCGAUGAUUACUGGAAGAAAAUCCGUUUCAAAUAUGUGAGGGAAUCUCGGAGUUACGACUGGGAUGGAUGGAAUGAUAAUCGAUUCUGGCUUUGGAAUUGUAUUUUCUGGGAUGGUUGGGGAAAAAGGAUCGUCGGCGAUGCGAGGUUGAAGAACGAAGGAGAAAAGCAACAACAAAUUGGGUUGGGUCGGGACUCGGGAGGUGUAUUUUCUGGGAUGGUC